AUGAAGAAACCGGCGUGUUUGCGUUCCAUUUUGUCUUUUGCUCUCAUUACUAGAGUGUUAGCCUUUAAAUGGUCUUCCCCCGUGGUUGGUGCUUGUUUGUCCUUCUACAAAAACUAUGACUUUGAUUGCGGCGCACACUCAGAUUACUACGUCUGUUUGUACGGCAGCCAACCAUUUCUAGGCUCCAUUCUGAGUUGUAUGGAUAACGGGGCUAAAACAAGCAAAGAGAGAGAUGAGACAAAUGAGCUGGUGAUGUUCUAUGCACGCCAAUACGGACAUCGCUACACAGUCGACGAUUUAGAACGAUUUAGAGCGAACGCUACAAAGUACAUGCGAACUUAUCUUGAAGCUUCCAAAAUCAGAAUAGUGAAUUUUCCAUUCACCGCAAAUGAAGGAUUAUUUGAAUGGAAUGAAGAUGCUGAAAAACAAAUGGAGGUGUUUAUCAAACGUGACACCGUGUGGUUGGGCUGGGGUCUGGUAUGGUUCUGGGUUGUGGUCAUCGCAUGGUCUACGGCUGUCAACAUCAAUCAUCGCUACAUUGGGAUCCCUGUUCCCAGAACUGUGAGUCAGUUUUGCAGAAAGUAUAUCACAUAUCCAUCAACUAUAAAAAUAGCGCCGACUUUAUUUCCCACGAGACUGCACACAAUCAUCAUCUCAGCAUUCGUCAUACAAGUCGUCCUAUCGAGCUCUAUUGGAUAUGGUUACCACAUAGCAAGCCCGUAUAUUUCAAGCAAAUACUUGGUUUUAAACAUGCUACAACACAGGUCUGGAGGGUUCUCUGCAGUCAUGCUUCCAAUUCUGGUGCUUUUUGGCAUCAGGAACAAUCCUCUCACGUACUUUUCUGGAUUUUCAUUCGCAGACUACAUGGUUUUUCACAAAGUUGCUGCGAUAAUCAUGACGACGGAAGGUCUUAUCCAUAGCAUCAUAUGGACCAUCUAUAUUGUGUGCUUACAGAGCAAUUACACUUUAUGGGUUAAAGAGACAUCUUUUGUGUGUGGAAUUAUCGCAACUGUGAUCGCAUGUCUGAUGAUCUUCGUGAGUCUGAAAAUCUUCAGGAACCACGCUUAUGAGGUCUUCCUAGUGAUCCACAACUGUUUUUCCAUUUUAUUUGUUGUAAUGAUUUGGAUUCAUGUCAAGCACUUGGCUUACAACAAAUGGGUGUGGGGAAUGUUAUCAAUAUGGUGCAUUGACAGGCUCACUAGAAUGGUGAGGAUAAUCAUGAGCGGCGGAAUACAAACGCUUGAAGUUGAGAUUUGUGACGCAAAAGUCCUCAAAAUCAGUUUCAAGAAACCAAGAUGGUUCAAAUACUAUCAUGGUUCUUAUCUGUUUGUUUCAUUUCUUACACCGUGGUUUACAGCCUGGCAGUUUCAUCCGUUCACCACAAUAUCUUCUCCGGUAGAGCAGGACGGUACCCUGACUUUGUAUGUCAAAGUCAUGAAAGGUGUCACCAGAAGAUUAUCACAACUGGACUUCGAUGAGAAUGGGAAGAUAAAGAUAAGGGGAAUGAUCGAAGGCCCAUAUGGCAGCCCUGUAAGGUCAUGCAAGGUUGAAGAGAAUUGUGUUGCUGUAGCAGGGGGAUUAGGCAUUACAGCCGUAUUGCCUGCUCUUUACUGUCGUUUUCUUCAAGACGAAACAGUUCAAACAAAAACAGAAAAACAGGCAGCAAAGGUCUUGAAGACUCUUACAAGUGACUAUGCGGUGACAGCAUCUCUUUAUUGGAUCAUCAAUGACAUUCGUUAUGUGAAAUGGUUACACUCAGAUCUUCAAUAUCUGGCAAAUAAUGGUUGCAAAGUUGUAAUCCUCUUGACUCGAAAGCAAUUAACAGAAUGUGACUCAAGUCCUCACUUGGAGGCAGCAGCAUAUACAAUUUUUCACUCCGAAUGCCGUCCUGAUAUUGGGCUUUUGGUAUCCAGUUGUGUUCAAGAGGCAUUCAAAACCGGAAACGACAUAUCUUUCUAUACAUGUGGCUCUGAGUCAUUCAACAAUAUUAUAAGUGACAAGCUUUCGGAAAAUAUUCAAGUUGGCUGCAAGGUCCAAUUGACCCACCAUGCCGAAGCUUACGUUUGGUGA